CUGCGAUACCUCGAGGUGACGGCUCUCCCCCUCCGGAGCCCCAACGCCCGGAGCUCAGCGUCGGUUGGUCGGUCCGGGGCACGGACACGGAGGCGUGUGUUUUUGGCGGAGCCUCCUCAAGCCCGGCAAGCAGAUGCUCGAGACCCGGACCCGGUGCCCCCAGAGCGGACGGGGAGGCCGACGAGCUGCGCAGUAAUGGGACAGUUUUCGGGGGGAUGCUACUUGACUUUCGCCGCCACCCUCGUGCUUCUCGCUCCGCUCGUCCCGGCCACGGUGGCCAGAGGUGCCCGAGGUGAAUCCCUACAGCAUGGCCAGGCCGGGACGCUGCCCCGCUUCCUGGAGGAGCCCGUUGACGCUUACAUCGUCAAGAGCUACCCCAUCAAGCUCCAGUGUCAAGCUCGGCCCGCUCUCCAAAUCUUCUUCAAGUGCAACGGUGAAUGGGUCCACCAGAGCCAGCACAUGUCUCAGGAGCACACCGACCUGGGCACAGGGCUGAAGAUCCGUGAGGUGAUGAUCAACGUGUCCCGUCAGCAGGUGGAGGACUUCCAUGGCCCGGAGGAUUACUGGUGCCUGUGUGUCGCCUGGAGUCACCUGGGAACCUCCAAGAGCCGCAAGGCAGCCGUCCGCAUCGCCUACCUGAGGAAGAACUUUGAGCAGGACCCCCAAGGCACUGAGGUGCCACUGAAUGGCAUGAUUGUGUUGCACUGCCGUCCCCCAGAGGGAGUGCCUGUGGCUGAGGUGGAAUGGCUAAAAAACGAAGAGCCUCUAAGCUCUGACGGUGUUACCGAUACAAGAGGCGACCAUAGUCUCAUCAUUUCAGAUGCUCGCCUAUCUGAUUCUGGAAACUAUACCUGCGUUGCCAGCAACAUUGUGGCCAAAAGACGCAGUGCCACAGCAACUGUUGUAGUCUAUGUGAACGGAGGGUGGUCAUCAUGGACAGACUGGUCCCCGUGUAAUGUUCGCUGUGGUCGUGGGGUGCAAAAACGUUCCCGCACUUGCACUAACCCAGCUCCGCUCAACGGGGGAGCCUUUUGCGAGGGCAUGUCGGUGCAGAAAAGCACCUGCAACACACUAUGUCCAGUCGAUGGCAGCUGGGGAGAGUGGAGUGAGUGGUCAAUGUGUAGCUCAAGCUGCGAAAGGCAGCGCAGCAGAGAGUGUACGGCCCCGGAGCCCAAACACGGAGGACGGCUGUGUGACGGGGUAGCGCUGGCGACAGACAACUGCACCGGAGGCCUCUGCACACAGAAUGGGAAGUUGCUACAUGAUGCAAAGCCACAAGGGGUGGAGAACGGCAGUGACGUGGCCUUGUAUUCGGGCCUGGCAGCGGGCGUGGUGACGGUGGUGCUGCUGAUCGUCGCUGUCACGCUUUAUCGAAGAAGCCAGAGCGAGUACGGUGUCGACGUCAUUGACUCAUCCGCCCUCACCGGGGGCUUUCAGUCCUUCAGCUUUAAGACCUCUCGCCAAGCAAACCCCCUGCUGAUUAAUUCAUCCCUGCAACCUGAUCUGACAGUGUCGCGCACCUACACCAGCCCCAUGUGUUUCCAGGACUCCAUUGACAAGGAGCUGAUGGCCGAGCGCUCACUCCUCGACCCGUUACCAGAUCUCAAGGUCAAAGGAGUGGCAGAGAGGGCAGAGUACCACGUCAUGUCCCACCCUCAGACAUUUCCACGGGGCCUGGCUCCAGACUACAGAGGAGUUGCAGUGGGGACGACGCUGGGCAGGAGAAGCAAAAACCUCUUCACUCCACAAGUCUCUCUAACUCCCAGCAGGCCUCCCCACAAAGCUACAGCUGUGUUUGGCCAUACUGGAGGUCGGCUGGUGGUUCCUAACACAGGUAUCAGUCUGCUGGUGCCUCAUGGGGGGAUCGCAGAAGACACUACCUGGGAAAUGUACAUGUUCAUCAACCAGGAGGACAGCAGUACUCUGUUCGAGGACGGUCCCGAGAUCUUUUUGAGCCCUGCAGUCACGUAUGGACCACCAGGCCUCGACCUGUCCUGUCCCAUAGCCAUGACCAUAGCCCAUUGUGGGGAGGUUGCCGCUGAUAAUUGGACCAUUCGGCUGAAGAGACAAAUGCAGGACAACAAGUGGGAGGAAGUGAUGUCCGUGGAUGAGGAGAGCACAUCCUGCUACUGUCUGCUGGAGGCCCAGAGGUGCCACUUGCUGCUGGAGCAUCCAGGCCGCUACGCCCUGGUGGGGGAGCCGCUGAACCAGGAGGUGGCCAAGCGGCUGAGGCUGGCUGUGUUCGGCAGUCUGGAUACGAGCAGCAGUCUGGGCUUCACCCUCAGGGUUUACUGUGUGGACGACACCCCCCAUGCUUUUCAGGAGGUGGUGGUGGGUGAGCGCAGCAGGGGCGGGCGACUGCUGGAGGAGCCGAAAAUUAUGCUGUUCAGGGGGAACUCUUUCAGCCUCCAGGUUUCCAUCCAGGAUGUCCCACAGUUACUCUGGAGCAUCAAACCUUUCACCACCUGCCAGGAGUUCUCCUUUUCUCAGGUGUGGGCCAGUAACCAGCGUCCCCUGCAGUGUGCCUUCUCUUUGGAGCGAUACAGCCACUCCACGUCUCAGCUCUCCUGCAAGGUCAGCGUGCGACAGGUCAAAGGCGAGGAGCAGAUACUCCAGGUCUACACGUCUGUGGUGGAGAACGAGAAGGGAGUGGUUCCCUUCUUCACUCAGUCCGACUGCACCAUCACCUCUCAGACAGGGUCAAGGGCCUUUAAAAUCCCCCCGUCCAUCCGUCAGCGGAUCAGUGCCACCUUUGACACCGCUAAUGCCAAUGGGAAGGACUGGCAGCUCUUGGCUCAAAAGCUCCACAUAGACAGGAACCUGUGCUACUUCGCUUGUCAGGAGAGCCCAUCAUCUGUGAUUCUGAGUCUUUGGGAGGCUCAGCACCAGGACUCGGGGGAUCUGGACUCUCUGGCCAGCGCCCUAGAGGAAAUUGGCAAGGUCCAGUCCCCCACGUCCGCCACACUUGGCUGCAGCAGAGAGGAGCGGGACUCUGGGUUCACGAAACUUGGGUAGGGUACGUCUACGGCAGGUUGAAUCCUGAUGAACCUGAACUGCAUGAACAGUGAUGAUCGGGUGUGUUAGCUCACACGCGGAGGUGUGGAGGAGGAAGGAGGACAGCAGGGAAUCUCCACUUUUUGGACUGUUACUAAAAGGACAUUUCUGCUAAACCAAAUGGCACACACAGACACACAGGAAACGUGCAUCAACUGGGAGGGAGUGUUUGAGUUACAGAGAGGCACCAACAACAACUUUCUGGAUUGGGAUGGAAGUAUCCCACACCCGUCCGUGAUUGAAAACUGUCAGCUCCUCGACACUUCGUUCAAUAACCUCUAUUCAAGGAUUAUGGGUAUCAGUGUGAGGAGACCUCUCCAUGUGGGAUGGAGCGUGUUGUAGACAGACUGCCAAUCAGGCUGGUGUUAUGACCUUCCCAGGAGCGGAUGUGUUGACACCUGUCGUCAAGCAGUCUUCUGGGCUGUCAAAAUGUUUAGUGUAACGUCGUUAUGUUGUCAUUCAUUUUCUAGAUCUCCUCUUGCUUCGUUUUCUUUUCUGCGCUGUGUCUCCGCUGUUACUGCUGGAGUUAGUCCAAACUAUAGGGUCAGAGAGGCUGAUAGUGAUGGUGCCCACUGAUCAGGAUUUAAAAGGACCUGAUGCUGUCCAAACAAUAAACAGGCACAAUGUGUAUAAGAAAUUACUAAGUUUCCCACAUUGACAUCGACCACACAGAUAACAAUUCAACAAACAUCCUCAUGCACGUCAGCAUAACACUUUGAGGAGGAUAAGUCAAGCUGCUUUCAGACAUGCCCUGACCUCCAGAUAGUCUCCGGACAUUCUCCAGAGGAGCUGUAUCUGUGAAGCCGAUGCAGGAUUCAGCGUGAACAGGGGGGGGAUGAUGAUACUUCUGACACGUAACAGACACAAAACAAAAACGUGAAAGACAAACUCUGGAGAAAGUCCGGAGCCAGUUCUCUGCACAUCGUCCAGAGUUCCUGUCUGAAAAUGGCUUUGACUGUUCUGUUCAGCUCUGUUCAUUUCUGUUCUGCAUUUGGCAAAUACAGGCAACGUCCGGUUCUUUUGGAGGAAACUAGAUGAUAAUUGUUUUUUCCUUUCUAUUUUAAUCAAAAUCUUGACUUGUAAUUUUUGUGUGACUAAACUGGAGCUGCCAUUUCUGGAUCGCAGCUUGGAACAAAUACUCUGACAUAAUGUUUGAAGACACUUCACAAGCAGAGGCUGUUAGACGUCAGAGGAGAGGGAGUGAGAGGUGAAGCAAUCCUAAAAUACAGGAGGAAGCCCACAUUCAGUCAACCUGCACCCUAAUCUUAAUAAAGUGACUUUGUGUUGAA